GUUUUGACAGCACUUUUUUACUCUCUUUCCUGCCGUGGAUUAUCUGUGUAGUGUUUUUGGAGUAUUCAGAUGGCAUAUUUCAAGGUUAAAGGGAUUCCCACCACUGGGAAAAUCCAAGAGUGUGUCCUGGAACAGAGUAAGGGGAGGAGGGAAGAAAGCAGCAGUUUCUCCCCUCAUCUUUGCCUCCGAAGGCAUUUCUUCUGUGGAAGAAUGGGGGCAGGAGCUCUGACCAUCUGUCACAACAAGACAGCAGUGCUGGUUAAAGAAGACAUUAGGAAGAUGGUCAACAUACCCAUCCUGAGAGCCAGGACAGUGACAGCCAAGCACACAAGGCUGUUUGGAGUGUCUCUAUUUGAGCUGCAGGAGAAGGGUCUAGUGGAGGACGGUGUGCCUUUGGUGAUGCGGAGGAUGGUGGAGCAUCUCCGCAAACAUGCCUUGAAUCAGGAGGGUCUGUUCAGAGUGAAUGGGAAUGUGCGUUCUGUGGAGACCCUGAAACAGCGGCUGGAGAGUGGAGAGGAUGUGGACUUUCUAUCUGAAGCUGACUUGUGUACGGUAGCCAGCUUGCUCAAACGGUACCUCAGGGAACUGCCUCAGGGUCUGGUAGACUCAACAGUCCAACAGGCACUGAUACAACACCACCAAGAGUGCGGUGAUGAUGUCUCUUGGUCAGAUAUGAGAGACCUGCUGCAGCAGCUUCCAGAUGUCCACUACAGCCUCCUCCGAUACCUCUGCCACUUCCUCACCAUUGUGGAGUCCAAGCACGAAGAAAACCGCAUGACCGCCCACAACCUCGCUACUGUGUUUGGACCCAGUGUCUUCCAGGUUGCUCCUGGUUUCGAAGCGAUGAAAGAUCAAAAUAUCUGUAACCAAAUCAUGGUCAAGCUCAUCCAGAACUACAGCGAUUUAUUUGAGACAGCCAGAGAUGGAGAAUGCUGCAGUGAAGAACUGCCCAUCCUUAUUACUGUCAAGGAGGUGCAAGAGACGGAUGCAGGCACCCAGCCGCAGAAGUCACCUAGCCACUUCAAUGCAAACACACCUACACCUGUUCCUAGAAAGAAGGCUGGACAGAACACCCCACCACAAAAGGCAGAGCUCCUUAACAAAUCCUCCACUAUCACUCCAAAGGCGCGGCUGAGGAAAAAGAAGGUGAGGAAAGUAAAGGGUUGCAGCAUGAUUCAAGUCGUCCCUCAACCCAGCCACUCUGCCGGGUCGCCCCAUGUGAAGUCCCUCUCCAUACCAAUAAUUUUGCCCCUGACAUUAGGGCUGAGAAGCCCCGGUCCUGAGGCGAUGGAGACAGCGCUCCAAGACUCUGCCUCGCCACUCGGCCACCUCGAUUUCAGCUCCUCUGGCAGCAUGGAGGACGUCAGCAGCUCCCAAGAAGAGGAGAGGCCAAUAUCUCCUUUCUACAUGAGUAACCAUCUCUCUCCUGUCCACUGCAGACCACAUGUGGUGAAUAUUCUGGACAGGACGAUCCGUUCAGCAGUGGAGCAGCACCUCUUCAAUGUUCCCCCUGUAGAGGAUCAAAGUUCAGAGGGCGGUGAGUUAACCCCGCAUCCAUCCUCUCCAAGGGAGACACCGACUGCCCGUCAGAGACGUCGACAUCACAGAGAGCAGCAGGAGGAGGGGCUGAGACACAAAGAGAUAAACAGAGCGGCGUCCAGCCUAGCAGAAAAGGAAAACAUCCCGUUGAGUGCAGGGAGCAUCACUGGCAGUGUUAGUGAGGACACGGGCAGCAGCGUGAACUCACAGGGAGGCCAGAGCGCUCACACUGAGCGAACCCCCAAACCCAGGAAGUGGAAACACAGCCCGACGCUGGUGCAGCUCACCGACAACCAGGACGCCCACGCAUGCAUGGAAUGUGUUCGUGAGAGACUCGGAGAAAACCACAUGGAGACAUUUCAGGAAAGCUAUGAAAUUUCAAGGAAAGAUGUCUGUUCUUCUCCAAAGACGUUAAGGAUGAAGAUCCAGGAGUCGCCCGUCACUUGUGACACGGGGAGGGUCGGCGGCGGAGAGGUGCGAGCCUCGGACCCGGACUGCGAGAGCUGCGAGGACGUUCCCCGGCUGGACCUGACAGCACUCACUGAAGAAAACAACUGGGGAGGUUCUCCAUUCUUUAACACUCCUUUCCUUGAUUUCAAAACCAUUUUUCAUCAGAGUUGUUGUGAUGAACCAGUACCGGCAUAUUCGCCACUGCAGAGGGAGAGCAUGGACCGCGAGGAAGCUCGACUGUCCCCUCACGCCGGGGGACGUUUGAUCCGGCAGCUUGUGGAGGAGGACAGCGACCCGAUGCUGUCACCGCGCUUCUACGCCUACGGACACAGCCAGCAGUACCUGGACGACACUGAAGUGCCUCCCUCACCACCCAACGCACACUCAUUUGUCAGUCGCAGACGGAGUUCCUCUCUUGGGUCCUGCGACGAUGACAAAGAGGAGUUGACAUCCGCCCAGCUCUCAAAAAGGAUCCAUGUGCUGAGGAAGAAGAUCCACAGAUACGAGGAGAAGUUUGAAGAGGAAAGAAAAUACAGGCCUUCCCACAGUGAUAAAGCCGGAAACCCAGAGGUGCUGCGAUGGCUUAAUGAACUGGCUAAGCUUCGUAAAGAUCUGAAAGAGAGCAAGCUGAUGAAGUCUGAAGAGGACCUUCCGCCUCUGACCCGGCAACGCAGCAACACGCUGCCCAAAAGCUUCGGCUCUCAGCUGGAGAAGAAGCCGCAUCAGGAGAAAGUACCGAUGCCUCCCGUGGAGAGCAGCCUGGAGACCAUUUUGAAGAAGCUGCAGGAGAAGAGGGAGGAGGUGAACCGCCCCGAGGACAUCAAGGAUAUGACACGGGAGCAGAUCGGAGCAGAGAAAGUCGCCCUGCAGAAAGCUCUCCUUUACUACGAGAGCAUACACGGUCGACCAGUCACCAAGAGCGAGAGGCAAAUCAUGAAGCCCCUGUACGACCGAUACCGCCUGGUGAAGCAGAUCCUGUGCAGAGCCUCCAGCAUCCCCGUCAUUGGCUCUCCCUCCAGCAAGCGCAGAGGGCCCCUCCUUCAGCCCAUUAUCGAGGGCGAAACCGCGCUCUUCUUCGAUGACAUCAAGGAGGAGGAGGACGGCUCAGAGGACGACAGCGAUUCAAAGGCUCAGUUCACCGUCACCGUACGGCCAGACCUCAGUGUGCUCGGCUUCCUGGACCACAUGGAGGAGGAAGCAGACGGUUUCAUCUCACCCGUGGACGAUCUGUCACCCUCGAAGAACACGACAGACAUGAGGCUGUCCAACCUGCACUCCGCCACCAUGGAGGAACUCGUGGUGCAACUCCAAGAGAGCCGAGAUGAGAAGAAGAGACUCCGCAAGAACCUGAAAGAGUUUGAGGACCAAUUUUUUAGACAAAACGGAAGAAUUGCGCAGAAGGAGGACCGCUCCCCGCUGGCAGUCGAGUACAACGAAUACAAACACAUCAAAGCCAAACUGCGGCUGCUGGAAGUCCUCAUCAGCAAAAGAGACUCUUCCAAGUUCAUCUGAGAUAAAAAAAUAAAAGACUCUAAAAGGACUUCAGAGAUACAGUCAAACACAUCUCACCCUGUAGGAGAAAAUAUCAGAUUUUCCUUCUCGCUGCCACCUGUUUUUCCAUUCAGUCGAGCUCAUGCUGGGUCUUUCCUCGGGAGCCUGCAGAGAGCCGCUGACUCGUGACUGAUUCAAAGCGACACAAAGUCACCUGCUUCACCUGAGAAGUUCCCUUUCAACUAAGAAACCCUCACCUUUUACAAGAGCGAGGACAUUUCUCAAAAACACACACAGAAAAGCUGAAUCACAGUUUUAGAGCUAGUAAUUUAUUUUGAUCCUUUUAAAUGUUUUUAUCACUACAGAAAAGUUAUUUUUCUCACUUCACUGUAGAUGUCUUAAAAGAAAAGAACCUUGUAAGUUAAUUAAUAGAUAUAAAAAGUAUUGCUAUUUUUUAAAGAAGGAUUUUUGUGAUCAAGAUGUAUAUGUAUUUUUGUAAGGGAGAUGUUACUAUUUGUAUGACUUCAAUCAGUUUAAGAGUAUUCACUAAAUGGAUAGCUUUCUUCAUUUCAGUUCUGACAUCGUAUAAUGUCGGAAAUAAUCUAAUGUUACUUCUCUAGAAGUUAAAUCGAGUAUUUGCUCACUAAAAUAAAUGUUUUAUAAUAAUAAUACAACCCAAAGACAGUGACUCAGAAUACAAACUGCAAACCAAAACGGCUCAUAUUCAAUAAAACAGCUUAUUUUGUCAUCACUGGUACUUACUUAGGCAUUAGACUGUAUAUUUUAUGAAUUGACUUCCUGUCAAAUAAGCUAUUUCUCUUUUUGAAAUCACUGGUAUGUUUUUGCUCACAUUGAUAAAACAUUGACAAACGUUUGUGAGACGGCUUUGGAGGAAAGAAACAGCAGCAGUCUGUUUUCUUUCCGUCCACCUUGGAACUCGUUUGGUUCUUUUUGUAAAUAUGGAUCACCUGUGUAUGUUUACGUUUCUGUGAGCAGUACAUUUUCCCUUUCUUUCUCCAAAAUGGAUGAUUUAUCAGUGUGAAUUUCGUUUUUACUGAAUGUAAACACUGGCAAGACUUAAUGAAUUUUGAGUGUGUACAUUUUAGUACAUAAAUUGUAAUUAUAUUUUGUAUAUAAUGUGAAUGAAAUCAUAUUUUUACUGAG